AUGAAUCUGUCUCUCUCCUCUUCCAACUUCCAACCCACUCCAACCCCUAAAUUUCAACUUCAAAAAAAUAAGCAAUCGAAACGAAAUUACAGCGUCGUAUGCUCAUUGCCCGUCCCAAAAGUGCUCACAUACCCAUCAUCCCGAUGCAUCGCUAUCAAACCAGCACCAGCACGCACACCAACAACCAAACGUGCCUUGGAACAUUCAACUCGAGACUCGCCCUCGCGUAAACUUUCUUUUUGCUACACCACGCUUUUCCGCUCCCAGCCAGUGCCAGCCGCCAGCCCGUCCGGAAAUCCGCGCAUGGACGAACUUUGA